AGUAGCACUUUAUGUAAGAUGAUACCUGCGCGUGUGGGUGCACUGUACUGUAGCCUAUUAGCUCGAGCUCCCACUCCCUCUCCUGUUCCCGUUACCCGGUGAAUGAUAUCAACAGAGCGUUUUGCCUGUUCCCUACUGAGCGAAAGAGCACGCUUGAAAGGAGAAUAACAUCAAACCGCACAACUGAACGACAGCCAGAGCGCAUGGAACCAGAGAAAAUAUAGGCUACCCACAGCAACGGCGAGAGCACAUUGACAGGACAACGGGAGGACUGUUUAUUCAAGUUGGACGGAUGAUUUAGCGAACACAAUUGAGUAGACUGCCCGGCGGAUGAUACGCGUCCGGGACCGGUGCUGUCGAUUGUGCGAGGAGGCAAGUUAACGUUACCGGAGGAAGAAGGUCGGUUGGUUCUUGCCUGUCAAUCGAGAGUCAAUAUGAAGUCAGCUGGGGUCGUGGAAGGAGGACUGUUCACAGAGAGUUACUGCAACAUCUGUAAUGCCCAACUCAUCUCCGAGUCGCAACGCACAGCACACUAUGAGGACAGUGCAGAGACAGAGGUGGACAGCAAUAAGUGCUGUACGUUAUGUAAUAUGUUCUUCACGUCGGCCAUCGUUGCCCAGUCUCACUACCAGGGCAAGACACAUGCCAAGAGAGUACGACUGGUACUGGGAGAAACACCCAGCAUACCUACUGCUACCAACAGCCCUACCACCACAGACUCAUCCCCUUCCACCCCCCAGCCCAGCGACUCAAACCCUGCUCCUCCUGCCCUACCACGGCCCUCCUCUCUAGCACCCCCGGUGGUGGUGGUGGGUAGUGGUGGUAGUGGUGAGACAGGGAAGUACUGCUGUCUGUGUGGAGCAUGGUUCAACAACCCUCUGAUGGCCCAGCAACACUAUGAGGGGAAAAAACAUCGCAGGAAUGCAGCCAGAGCACAACUACUGGAGCAGCUAGCUGGCAGUCUGGACGCUACCGAAACUACAGGUCUCCGCAGCAGAUACUCCUGCAGUGUAUGUAGUGUUGUGUUGAACUCCAUUGAACAGUACCACGCACACCUCCAGGGCUCCAAGCACCAGAACAACUUGAAGCAGGUCCAGCAGUGAAGCACUGGAACCAGAGACCUGUGGACAUGUGGAGAAAUGGGAAAAUGGGAAAAUGGGAAUACUAAACAUGGGAAUACAGAGCAUUGUAAAAUGAAAAUAAUAUUGGUUGUGGAAUUUUGGAAGACUGAGAGACUUCUACAGAUGGCUUAGGACUGUGUGUGUGUGUGUGUGUGUGUGUGUGUGUGUGUGUGUGUGUGUGUGUGUGUGUGUGUGUGUGUGUGUGUGUGUGUGUGUGUGUGUGUGUGUGUGUGUGUGUGUGUGUGUUGUGUUUUUUUAAAUCUGACGAUGUCCUGGAGGUUACUGACCACCUAAGUGUUUGAUAUGUGUACUUUGACCCCACAGCAGUCAGAAAACCAUUGGAUGUUGCUAGCGAUCGCCAUGCUGUUUGUGUGCGUCCCAAAUGGCACCCUAUUCCGUUUAUAGUGCACUUCUUCUGACGAGGGCCCAUAGGGCUCUAUUAAAAAGUAGUGUACUAUAGAGACUCCUUUUGUGAACCACAAUCCUACAAUCUAACUAAGUGAUGUCAGUGUUACCCAGAGCGGUGAUAACCGUUACAAUGAUAGUCAUAGAGUAGAAGAAACAAUAUCAUCACCACUAUAUCAGUCCAGAGGGUCAGGGCUGCAAUACAUAUGUAUACAAAUAUAUAAUAAAUAUAUUCAUACAAUAUAUUUUCUAAACGCCUGUAAGUUAUCUGUGCAACAGCGUCGGUGCUCAGUGAGUAGCUCAUAAACAUAUAUUGAUAUCUAUAGUAAAUAUAUUGAAAUGUAAUGUAUGUUUACAUAUGUUUAGAUAUUCAACUAUGUUUUCAGCACUCAGUUCCAUGCAGAAACAGGGAGAGGAAAGACAAAUAUGUUUUCCCAACUUUGGGUGAUGCCAGACAGUCUUUGGUGCCUAUGUAAUACAAACUAACACAGCCAUUUUUAAAGUGGUAGCUGAUAUCCUGAAUUUGUCACUAAAUGACUGAUCAUUCAACUCAGAUAGACAGGGAUAUGCAUUGUAUAUGACACUUCUAUUCAGAGCGAUAUAAAGUCAAUUCAUUUGAAUACAACGUUGUAAGGAUACAAUCUGUAACUUGAAUAUCCUCAGUGGCUACUCAAUGUAUUGCAAACACACUUGGCCAAGACGCUGAACAAAAAUCGCCCGGUUCUAUCUGCCAAAACACACUCUCUUCACUUUAUAUACACAAGUUCAGUGACAGCACUUCGAACUGGAAUUGAAAGUAACAGAAUGUAACUUUAAACAACCAAGUAGUUCUUUUAAACUAAGGGUCAGUAUCUAUGGUUCAGUAAACAUUCCUAUGUUUAGUACCUCUGUGAUUAAUGAUGUCAUAGACACGAGACAGUGUCAGUCAGAAUCCCUUUUCUCUGAAACCAUAUAUGAGACGACACCAUUUGUUUUUCGACCAUACUGAUCUAGCGUCCGUUUGCAGUUUCCUGGACUCACUGGCAUUAAAGCACUUACUGUAUUCAGGAUGGUGGCCCUCAGUAACAAAGUGUUAUUGUUUAAAUUGAGAGAGCCACGAGAAGUAGCUCUGCCACUACCAAAACAUAUGGUGAGACAUCAAUGGAACUCAGACCGUGGGGGACAGGACAGGGACGCCGUCAUUGGCACUCAUUCAGAAAAGUUAUUAUUUGUCAAAUCUGUCGUAAAUGAUGUGUUCUAAAAGGCCAACAAUGUAGUUACUAAAAUCUGAUUUGGAUAUACAGUAUUUGGCUGUUUUACUGCAUAAUAUUUAGAAGUUGUCCUUUGCUAACUGGUGACUCCCGUUCGGAUAAGCUGGUAAUGGUGGAGCAUAGCUGGUGGUGGUGGAAGUUGAAGUGUAAUGCAGUUGAUUGAUGGCGAUGGAAUGAACAUGUAUUCGAGGUUAAAACCAUACAAGCAUUACACUUUUAUUUUCACCUCAACAUAGUGUGAAAUAUACACAUAUGAACAAUAGACUAAAUGUAGGCUCAUUUUGCUGAGGCAAUGAGGAGAUUCUAGAUUUAUCCUCCACGGGAGGACACGUGCAUGGCGUUUCCAUGGUUUUAGUCAAACUCUUACGUGAUCUAUCUAACGGUUACCACCAACCUAUGUUUAUCAUGGGCAUCUCUAGCCACUGGUAAAUCGUAUCGUUCUAAAAAGGCAACACGACAAACAGACUUGCCUUUAAAAGGACACAGUUCCAUGCUAUGCCGUUGUUCUGUUUCUUGAUGUUGUUGAGAGUUUCAUGUAUUUUUCCCCUGUGAAGUGGUGAACACAUUAAAAAAAACGUUCUUUUUGCUUUGCGUUUUAACAGA